AUGUUUGCUAAACUUUUACCAUUUUGGACGAAAUACUGGUAUCAUGUGCUAAUUAGUAUCAUAUCUUAUAUUCUUUUAAAACUAUUUUACAAAGUAUUGAAAAAGAUUAUUUUUAUUGAAAAGUAUAGACAUAAUUCUAACACUUUGAAUAAUACCAUGGAGCACCUAGAAGACAGUGAUCAAGAGACAUUAGAAGAUAGCGAGGAACCUGCUCUACCAAUAGAUUUAAAACAUAUCCUUUAUAAAUAUAAGAGACCCUCUGAAGUAGAAUUACUAUGUCGAACUUCUGAGUUUUAUAAAAUAGUAGCUGCUAGGAGAAGUAUAAGAUUUUUCAGUCCUGACCCUGUACCAAAAGAAGUUAUACAUGAGAUAAUAAAAGCUGCAGGUACAAUAUCAUGUUGUUACAUUCACAAAACUUCUUAUACAUAUGAGUCUGUUUUAGGCACUACGCCUAGUGCUGCACAUACAGAACCAUGGACAUUCGUAGUGGUAUCAAAUCAAAAUGUAAAAGAACAAAUUCGUUAUAUCGUCGAAAACGAAGAGGAAAUAAACUAUAAAAAGAGAAUGGGAGUAAAAUGGACAACUGAUUUACUUCCACUCAGAACCAAUUGGAUUAAAGAAUACCUGACUACUGCUCCUUAUUUAGUGCUUGUGUUUAAACAAACUUACGGAAUUUUACCAAAUGGAAAAAAAAAAAUUUGUUAUUACAAUGACAUGAGCACAUGUAUUGCUUGUGGUAUUCUCAUCGCCGCUAUACAGUAUGCAGGUUUGGUAACUCUGACUUCUACUCCUUUAAACUGUGGACCUGCCAUCCGCAACCUUCUUGGACGUCCUUCUAAUGAAAAGCUUGUUGUACUACUGCCAGUUGGUUAUCCAGCAAAGGAUGCUACAGUGCCUGACCUUCAGAGAAAACCUCUAUCUGAUAUUUUAGUAGAAGUUGAUUGACACACACGUAAUAACAAAUUAUGGGAAUCAAAGUGUCUCUG